GCAGCAGGCUGUGGAGAGUAUCAGUGUGUGUGUGUGUGUGUGUGUGUGUGUGUGUCUGUGUGUGUGUGUGUGUGUCUGUGUGUGUCUGUGUCUGUCUGUCUGUCUCUCUGUGCGUGUGCAUGCACAAGCGUGCACCCAGGUGGAGGGUGGAGUUCAAGCCCUUUUGAUCCACCAGGCUGGCUGGGAACAGGGGGAUCCCAUUCCUGAGGAACUCUAUGAAAUGCUGAGUGACCACUCCAUCCGCUCCUUUGAUGACCUUCAGCGCCUGCUGCACAGAGACUCCGUAGACGAAGAUGGGGCUGAGCUGGACUUGAACAUGACCCGAGCACAUUCUGGAGUCGAGUCGGAAAGCUCAUCUCGAGGGAGGAGGAGCCUAGGGUCUCUGGCUGCAGCAGAGCCUGCCGUAAUCGCCGAGUGCAAGACGCGUACAGAGGUGUUCCAGAUCUCGCGGAACCUCAUCGAUCGCACCAAUGCCAACUUCCUGGUGUGGCCGCCCUGCGUGGAGGUGCAGCGCUGCUCGGGCUGCUGCAAUAACCGCAAUGUGCAGUGCCGGGCCUCGCAGGUGCAGAUGCGGCCGGUGCAGGUGAGAAAGAUCGAAAUUGUGAGAAAGAAGCCAGUCUUCAAGAAGGCCACAGUGACCCUGGAGGACCAUCUGGCCUGCAAGUGUGAGACAGUAGUGACCCCUCGGCCCGUGACUCGAAGUCCUGGGACAUCCAGGGAGCAUCGAGCCAAGACACCUCAAACUCGGGUGACCGUUCGGACGGUGCGAAUCCGCCGGCCCCCCAAAGGGAAGCACCGAAAGUUUAAGCACACCCAUGACAAGAAGGCACUGAAGGAGAUCCUUGGAGCCUAGGGGUGUCAGCGAGAGUGUGGGCAGGGUUAUUUAAUAUGGUAUUUGCUGUACUGCCCCCAUGGGGUCCUUGGAGUGAUAAUGUUGUUCCCCUCGUCCGUCUGUCUCGAUGCCUGAUUCGGACGGCCAAUGGUGCUUCCCUCGCCCCGCGUGCCCAGCCACCUCCACCAGCAGCAAUCCCUGCCCUGCAGCUCCAGAAGCAAAGGAAGGACUCCACUCCAGGCUGCUGCUUCCCUCUACCCCAAGAACCUGGGACAAGCGUGCGGAGCUUCACAGAGGACUGGACCGGCCCCAGAGCCUGGCAUUUAGCCUGAGGACCUCUGCAUGUCCUGCCUGGUUCCUGGACCACUGGCCAGCUAGCAGGGAAUACUUUCAGGCAGGCUAGGGUCCCUUGCAGUCCUGUGGCAGGGAGCACGGACUGGAGGAACUCUCAUGGCACCCAGAUCUGCCACGCACUCAUCUCUCCCUGUCCCUUUAGCCUACAGUGGCUUUUCAUUUUAUAAGUAUGAAAUCGUGGAAGACAUGAACUCCUCUGGGCAGGUGGCCACAUGCCUUCUCUGAUGGAUUAGAGGUGCAUUGUGCUUGUGACCUGGGCCAUGUCCCUGUCUCUUUCCACAUCCCCUACAUUCACUUCCGGUUCAUUUCUCUACCUCCACUCUGUGUCUUCUUCCUCAUGUGCCCUUCAGUCUGCUCCUCCGUGGGGUGCUCGGAUCCUGAUUGAGGCUCUGAACGCCCCUGUCAUUCCUCCUUAGGGCAAGAGACCUGUCUAUUAUAUUCCACUCCAGCCAAGAGGGCCGAGUAAGGUUGUAUGGGAUGUAUAUUACACACAGGCACUGCAUGUGGAGAUUUCUGUUCACACCCUAAAUAUGGCCAACUUGUCUAUUUAUUGUGACGUUCUGGCUGAUAUAGGUCAAACCUCUGAGGAAAGGGAACCUUGUUUUAAUUCAUACCGAGGCCCUAUGUGGACUGGCUAUGUGUGCCCUGACCCAGCCUGAAGCUCGGAAUGAGCUUGUGGUUCUGGGGACGCACCUCUUGUCUGCCCGUUGCCCCCACUUCCUUGGUCUCAGCUGUCCCCUUCCUGGCAGGUGUGGGACUCGAGAUCUUCAAAGGAGGGGCAGCCCUCGCUGCAUGUUUUCCCUCAGAUCUUUUGCAGUUCUACCUGAUGGCUCCUUCUAGGAAGCUACCCAGAGGGAGAACCUUAGAGGCCUCUGGAGGACUGGGGUUGAUGUGGCCCGCCUUCCUCCCCACCCCACCCCACCCCCGACCCCUGCACUUUCCCCUCCCCAUUCCUUCCGCUUCCUUCAGUUUGUAAAGUUGGUGAUUAUAUUUUUGGGGGCUUUCUUUUUAUUUUUUAAAUGUAAAGUUUAUUUAUAUUCCGUAUUUAAAGUUGUAAAAAAAAAAGCCACAAAACAAAA